CGAGAAACUUCGAGUUUAUUUUUGAAACGGAGCAAGAGCCGAGGUGCCGCGAGCUUGCUGUCGCGUCUAUCAAAAACCACGGCACCCAUGCGCGCGAAAUUAUCUGCCAUGUCCCGUAGUGGCAGCAGUAAGUACAUGCUCUUGCCUAUCACCUAAUCAACAAAACUGGAACGAUGUUCUGAAACAUUCUCACGUAGGCUUCCAAUUGCGAUCACUGGAGGAACCAUCAUCAUCAUUUUCGGCGCCCUUGAGACGUUCAGCAGAAAGCAUGCUCAACAUGCCAAUCACGCCCAUAAAAACCAUGAUGCGAUCCCAGGGCGAACGAUCACGGUCAUUUUCGUUUUCAAACGACAACGACAGCAUCAGCAGAGGAGAAAAUAGUACUGACGAGAGCCGUAAAGUUCUUGGCGAGCACCAAGGAGCCAUAUCGACUCGCAAGAUUUACCCAGCAUUGCUGUCAAAGGUGGCGGAGAUGCUGCAGGAACGUAUCACUGUGACCAAGAAGGUGAAAGACAGCAUUGAACACAAGGAUGUGUUUGAUGGCAAAGAGGCCGUGGACAAAUUGGUGUGGUUCAUUGGCACCAAGGAUAGAAACCUUGCCUUGUUAGUCGGUCGAGCAUUGGAUGCGCAAAAGUUCUUCCACGACGUCAACUAUGAACAUCGUCUUCGCGAUUCACCCAACGAACUCUACCAAUUUCGACACCCACCCAACUUGCGACGGGGUCAACAUCGUUUUCCGGGCGAACCCGAGGAAGAAGACGAGGAAGAUGAAAAGUCGGAAUUCAACUUUAUGGACAAUGUUGGCAAUGACGAUGACCAUUUGCCCAAUGGUGUAUUCACAAUCUUGACGGACUGUUAUUCGCCUACCUGUACUCGUGAAAACCUUUGUUACAGUGUGUUUUGUCCAAGACGUCUAGAACAGCAACAAGUCAAGCAAAAGACUCUACAUCGCUCUAGUAGCAAGUCAUCGCUGGUGGAACGGGAGGAUCGCCUUUGGAUCACCACUGUACCAAAACUAGUAUCUAGCAAACUCUCCACAGAAGAAAAGAAACGACAGGAAAACAUUUUCGAGCUUAUUUACACUGAACGAAAUUUUGUUGACGAUCUAUCCUAUGUGCAAAAGCAUUGGAUUACUCCUUUGCUUGAGGGCGACUAUAUACCCGUGGAACGACGUAAUCAUUUCGUCCAAGAAGUGUUUUGGAACAUUAGCGAAGUUUGCGAAAUGAACAGUAUGUUGGCAACGGCUUUGGAAGAACGACAAAAGGCUUCUCCUGUGGUGGAUCAAGUGGGUGAUAUCAUGCUCCAGCACGUCGCUUCGUUUGGACCAUUUGUUCAGUACGGCUCACAUCAAAUGAUCAGUCGGCACGUCUUUGAAACGGAAAAGGCAACCAAUCUCUUAUUUGCUCAGUUUGUCGAGACAACCGAACGAUUACCUCAGUCACGUAAACUGGAGUUGAAUGGAUACUUGACCAAACCUACGACACGAUUAGGAAGAUACAACCUGCUACUCCGAGAAAUCCUAAAGCAUACCCCAUCCGGUCACCCUGACCAUGAGUAUAUACCAAAAGCAAUGAACGUGAUUUCUGAAUUCUUGAGCGACGUCAAUCAUGAAACUGGCAAGAUCGAAAGCAGAUUCAACAUUCGAUUACUCAUAGAGAAACUGUCAUACAAGGCCCCAAUCAAUGUGGAUGAAAGGUUUACCAACCUCCAUCUUGAUGCGGAGAACCGGGAGAUCAUUAUGAAAGGCCCAUUGAAACGUAAAGGUGCCAGUCAGUCUGAAUCUGCCGAUCUCCAAGUAUUUCUGCUUGAUCACUGUGUCGUCAUAGUCAAGCAGAAAUUUGUGAAUAACCUCGAGCGAUACAAAAUAUACAAAAAGCCCAUACCAUUAGCAUUGCUAUCUAUAUCAUUCCCGGAUCAAUCUUCACGACGAGGAAGUUCGAUUCUACCCUAUGGAAGGCCUAGUCUUUCCAAUUCAAUUUCAUCUCUCAACAACAUCGACGCAAUCACAGCAGCCGCAGCUGCUGCUCCUCCAUCCAGUCCCGUUGCUUCGAACAAAGGAUACCCUAUUACAUUCAAUUAUCUAGGCAGACGCGGCCUUAGUCCGAUCACACUUUACGCGGGCACGCUUCACAACCGACGACAAUGGGUCGAUAAGAUCCAAGGUCAACGACAAACAUUGAUGGAGAAGCAAAAAGUGUUUGACAUUCGAACUAUCAAUUCUCGCUUCUUUAACUCGUUUAACCGUGUUACUUGUGCUGCAUCCUAUGGUGACUCUGUCGUUAUAGGUAGCAACCAAGGCGUGUAUAUUAAAAAGGACAACAACAGCGAACAUCUUGUUCGUUUGUUGGCCACCGACAAGGUUUCCCAGAUCGAUGUAUUGGAACCGUCCGGACUGAUACUUGUGCUCGCAGAAAAGAUUCUGCACACCUACUCCAUCGACAGCUUACUGGUAGAAAAUUCUGCCAAGCGAGGCCGCAAACUCAGUAGCCACGUAUCAUUCUUCAAAGUGGGUACGAUUUUCCAAGGCACGCCGUCCGAGAAAACACUCGUCUGCUUUGUCCGGUAUAAUACCAUCACAUCGACGAUUCGAGCAUUGGAGCCUCAUGCUGGUACUGUGAAAAAAUCUAAAUCUAAGUUGGGUCGGUUGAUGCGUGGUUCUGGUGAAGGAUUAAAGGUCUACAAAGACCUUUAUCUGCCAGGUGAAGCCCUCUCGAUUCAAUACUUUAAAAACAUCAUUUGCGUUGGAAGUGCCAAGGGCUUCCAGAUGGUUGAUCUUGCUUCUACAGAAGUACAAAGUGUAUUGGAUCCAAGUGACGAUAGCCAUCAUGCACUGUUACAUCGCGAAAAUAUCAAGCCUAUAUCCAUGUUCCGACAUCCUAAUGGCAACAUUCUCUUAUGCUAUAACGAAAUGGCCUUUUACAUUGAUAAGAAAGGACGUCGCGCUAAACCGGAGUGGAUGAUCCGAUGGGAAGGACAACCCACUGCUUUUGCAUUAAGUUACCCAUACAUUGCCGCAUUCGACUCGACAUUUAUCGAAGUGCGCCACAUGAAGACGGGCGAUCUUGUUCAAGUGAUUCCCGGUAAAAACAUCCGCUGUUUGAAGCCUGACGCUAUGGAUACCAUCUACUGUGCCAUGGAUGAUCCAGUGCUGGGCUCUGAGUUGGUGUUCGAGUUGACGCGGACAGAAAUAAAUUAGUGUCCUUUUCACAUAUUUACUGUAGUGUUUUUUUCCUCUUUUGUUAUGAUUUUGAUUUUGUUCUCUUUAUCACCGUUAUUAUUUUUACUAUUAUUUGCAUUCUUUUUAUUAUUAUUAUUUGUAUCACUCUCUCUCUCUCUCGCCUUCAUCAUCAUGUUGUAUAUCGCGACGACAUAUAUAUAUAAAAAGUUUCUCUUUCCUUUUUCUUCCAACCAUAUCAUCACAUUUAUAUGAACAGUUACUGUAAUAAAUGAUUUGCUCGUGCGAAUAAGACACGCUUUUAGUGUGAUUGUUGUAUUAAGUUGCUGUUCUACAGGUGCUGCUGAUCAUUAAAGAUGGAAAAGCGUAAAUCAAAAGUUUACUGAUAGUACGAUCGCGUGUCUUGACUACGAAGAUGCACCAAGAAGAACAGAUAUCGUAUAUUGGCACUGA